GGGAGGAAGCGGCUGCGCAGCCUCGGUCGCCGCCACCGCCGCCCCAGCCGGGCAUGUGCCGGCUCCUGCCGCAGCUGCCAUGGCCCAGGCCGGAGGGGAGGUCGCCCGGGAGCUGCAAGGCAGAGAGCAGACAGGAAAAGCCAGCCCAUGGUGCUCUAAAAAUGAAUGUUGGUUCCCCUUUCCCUGUGGGCAGAGUUUAUUCUAACAACAUUGAAUCAGCACCUCGAACCCAGACACGUCUGCUCUCUGAAAGCCCUGGAUACCCGGAGACUCGUAUCGAGCAGCGGCAGUCAGUCUCCUGGGGACAGCAUCCGGAAGUUCCUGAACCGGCCUCCCAUCCACCUCCUGGUGAAGGUGAAGCUAGAAACCAAACCCAAGAAGAAUGAAGACAGGGCGCUGGUUCUCACCACCUGGCGUAUCUAUCUCUUUGGACUCAAAGUGCCCGCCAAGGUCGAGUGCUCUUUCAAUGUUCUGGAGAUCCGAGCACUGAAUGCCCUGAAUCACAACCAGAUCCUAGUGGAGACCGAGAAAGCCAACUACAGCUUGAAAUUUCCCACCCCUGAGAGUGUCGACCAGGUCACGAGACAUGUCAACACCGCCUUAGCCAAAAUAUUUCCCAGCCCAGCCUCCGUCUGCCUAAUUCGCCAUGGGAAUGUGGAGGCUCCAGAAACACCACGGGACAUGUCCCCCAACUCUGAAAGCUCCAGCUCCACCACUCACAGCAUCUGUGGAGGAUUUUCCGAGACCUACGCGGCCCUUUGCGACUACAACGGCCACUGUUGCCGUGAGGAGGUGCAAUGGGAUGUCGACACGAUUUAUCAUUCCGAAGACAACCGGGAAUUCAAUCUACUCGACUUCUGUCAUCUGGAAAGCAGGGACCUGGCGCUAAUAGUGGCUGCAUUGGCUUAUAACCAGUGGUUUACCAAACUCUACUGUAAGGACUUGCGGCUGGGCUCUGAAGUCGCUGAGCAGGUCCUGCACACGGUUAGCAAGUCUCAUCACCUGGAGGAGCUGGUCCUGGACAACGCAGGGUUAAAAACAGACUUUGCUCUGAAGCUGGCCUGCGUUUUAGCGGAGAACCCAAACACCGCCCUCCAUGCCCUCACGCUCUCCCACAACCCACUGGAGGACAAAGGCCUCAGUGCCCUGAGCCAGCAGCUGCUGUGUUUCCCUAAAGGCCUCAGCAAACUUUGCCUUUCCAAGACCAGCAUCACUGCUAAAGGACUUGCCAUUCUGUGCCAGACCUUCAGUGCCAACCCGGCCUUCACCAGUUCCCUCCGCCAUCUUGACUUAAGCAAGAAUCCCGGCCUGCUGGGGUCUGAUGAGGCCAACGGUUUCUAUUCAUUCCUGGCCCAGCCAAAUGCACUGGUUCACCUGGACCUGUCCUCCGCAGACUGUGCAGUGGAUGCAUUGUUCGGGGCACUGUUGCACGGCUGUUGCCCACGGCUUAGCUACCUCAACCUUGCACGAAACACCUUCUCCAACCGGAAAGGAAAGGGAUUACAACCCUCCCUCAAACAAUUCUUCUGUAGCGCCUAUUCCCUCAGCUAUGUAAACCUGUCGGGCAUCAAAAUGCCUGUGGAGGCAUUAAGGUCUCUUUUCCAGGGUCUGUCAGCCAAUACCCACCUCAGCGAACUCCACAUGGACUUGAGUGGAUGUGAGCUGCGCUCUCCCGGGGCUCAGGUACUUCAGGAGCAGUUGUCUGGAAUAAGCGCCUUGAGUAGUCUAGACCUUUCCGACAACGGCUUUGACGUAGACCUGUUGAGCCUAGUCCCAGCCCUGGGCAAGAACAAGUCCCUGAAGCACCUCUGGUUGGGCAAGAACUUCAACGUCAAAUCUCGAACUUUGGAGGAAAUCCUUCAAAAGAUGGUGCAGCUCAUUCAAGAGGAAGAGUGUUCCCUGCAGUCUUUCUCUGUAGCCGAUUCCCGGCUGAAAACCCGCACCAGCAUCCUCAUCAAUGCGCUGGGCAGCAACACGUGCUUGACUAAGGUGGACCUGAGUGGGAACUGCAUGGAAGACAUCGGAGCCAAGAUGCUGUCCAAAGCCUUGCAGAUCAACAGCACACUGCGGAGUAUAUCCUGGGACAGGAACAAUACGACGGCCCAGGGCUUCCAGGACAUUGCCCGAGCUUUGGAGAACAACUACACCCUCAAGUUCAUGUCCUUCCCCAUGAGCGACAUCACCGCGGCCUACCGCAACGCCCCCGAGAGAACGGAUGAGGUGUGGCAAAAGAUCCAGUGGUGCCUUCUCAGAAACAACCACUCGCAAAAGUAUCCGCAGGAGCAGGCCUUCCGCCUCCACCAAGGAAUCGUCACCAAUAGCGCCGAGCAAAUGAUGAGCCGCCUGUGUGUGAGAGUCCAAGAAGAAGUGCGGGUGCUGAGAACCUGUUCAGCAGACACCGUCCAGGAGGAGGUGCUGUAUGCCCGGGAACUUAUGAAAGAAGCCAAGAAUUCACGAGCGCUCUUUCCCAGCCUCUAUGAACUUGGGCACAUACUGGCCAGCGAUGGGCCGGUCCGACACAGACUGGAGUCAGUAGCCAACGAGGUGUCCAAAGCAGUGGACAAGGAACUGCAGGUGAUCUUGGAGUCCAUGCUGGCCCUGACGCAGGAGCUGUGCCCGCACGCUGUGCAGGCAGCCGAAGAGCACAACAAGAUGUUAGCAGCCGUUUCAGAGCGUGUGACCGUCUCCCGGAACUUCAUCCGGGGGGCCCUGCUGGAGCAGGCGGGCCAGGACAUUCAGAACAAGCUCAAUGAGGUGAAACUGUCCGUGGUGACGUAUCUCACGAACACGAUUGUGGAAGAACUGCUGCAGGAGCUGUACCAUGCCCACAAGAACCUGGCCCAACACAUCACCCACCUCCGCCACCUUUCCGAGGGACAAGACACCGCUGCCCUCCCGGAACAGCUAGGGAAACCCCGGCUCCGGGAUCACGAGGAGCCCAUGGAUGACGAGCUUGGCUCCAGCAUCGACACCAUGGCCAUCAAGAGGCAGAAGAACUGCCGGAGAAUCCGGCCCGCUUCUGCCUUCAUCAGUGGCUCAGAACAAGAUGGCGACCUGCUCGCCCCCCGGAUGGGCUCGCCGCUGGGCUGGAUAUCCUUGGCCAACAGCAGCCAGUACUCCCGUUCCUGCAGCACUUCCUUCGAGGCCCUCUCUGACCUGCCAACGGAGGGCACCCGGCUGGAGCACCGCACCCGCAGCAGGCCCCGGCCCCCCCGCAGCGUCCCUCAUGGCAGCUUCCAUUCCAGCAACCGAAUACUGGCAUCUCUUGAGUCCCGAGAACAAGAGAACGGGUCGGUGCCACAGCUGGACGAGGGUCUGGAUGAAUUUUUUAACAGGAGGGUUCUUGCCGACAACACUAGCUAUCCCCGGACGCCCAAGAGCUGCGGGGUGAGGCCGGGCCCUUCUGACCCGCUGCCAGCCCUGCCGAAGAAGAGGAGAAGAGGCCUCUUCCAUUUCCGGAGGCAUCGCAGCAUCAAGGGCGAGCGGGACCCCGAGGAUCUGCCUCCGAGUCCUCCCCCCCCACCACCGAUGGGCAGGGACGAGCAGACGCCUCCACUGCGCCCCACCAGCAGCCAAGAGGAAGAGAAGAAGCCGGCUCAGGACAUCCUGGGGAUGACAGUCCCUCUUCCAGGAAUGGGGGCCACGGCCCCGGGAGGUGGGGUGAAGGGUCUGCCGAGCCGGGCGAAACAGGGUUCGAAUCCUGACGUACAGAGGGCAGUGGAGCCAGACGCCAGAGGGGUGGAACUCUUGCAGCCUUCGCGGGUCCAAGGCGUGGCGUUGCCUGGAAUGGGCCGUGCGAAGGGGUGGAGCCUGGAUGCCAAGUUGGAGAGCGUCGACCUGGAGCGAGGCGGGAGCAUGCGGGAGCGGCAGAGAAGGCGCUCCUCAGAUGACUCAGGGCAAGCGGGAUGGAGACCCCAACCCCCGCUGCAGAGCACUAAGCCAACUUUUGCCACCAUCCGGCGAGCGGAAGCCAGCUGGGACAUCGCUGAAGAGAGCUCCCCACGGGAGAGCUGGGGCAAGGAGCCCCACAAAGACCCUCCCCAAGAAGAAACACAGAGUCGGUCAGACGAGAGGGGGGCCGUGGCUACAGUGAACUCCGAGAAGGACCGUCUGGCGGCAGCUGCUAAGCAGUUCAGGGAGCCCUUGUCUUUCCCACGGCCCCCCAAGCCCGUGGCCCUCCCCCGAGGCCGGAAACCCCCCAGCCAACCUGAGAGAAGCCGCAGCAACGAGGAAGCAGGCCUAGCCGGAGGGAUCACCCCGGAGGAAACACGAACGUCCCCCCCAAUAGUCCCCCCCCAACGCAGACCCGCGGAACAGGAACGUAAAGGGGAGCCGGAGGCAGGGAGGAAGACAGCCCCCCUCAAGCCAAAGAGGACGAGGCGAGCACAGUCAUGCGACAAGCUGGACUCGGAUCGGGGCCGGAAUGUGGGCUCUGGAGGUGCCAGUGACACCCCCCUGCCUGACCCCCCUCCCCCUCCCCCGGAGUGCCACCCGCCCGGCUGGAAACCUCGCCUUGCCGCUCCCCACCCUCUCCCGCCAGCGGACUGGACCAUGGGGACUCCCGAAUCUGGGACAGAAUGAUGGACAGGCGUUCCCUCGACGUUGCGGCUGUCAGGAGCUGCGAGGCCCUUUCAUCUUCUGGCGGAAAAAAGGGGGGAAUGUGAAAGCUACAAAAGAGAGAGCGAGAGAACAAGAAGCGCGCGGGGAAUCCGCCCCCCUCCCUGCAAGCUCUGCCCUGACCUCCCACCCUACAGAAACCGUCCGGGACCAGCGAGGUCUCCCGUGCUGCUGACCCUUCCUUCUCCCCCACGCCUCCGUUUGUGCCUGUUUCUUCCCUCGCUUCUGGGUCGUCACCCACCCUGUGCCCCAGAGGGACCUGACCCUCCCUUGAUGACGGGGUGGUGAGAAAAAGCCACAAUUAAUGCCCCCCUCCCUUGGCCCACGUCAAGAUAAGUUGGGGCAUGGAGACUGAACCAAACUCCCUGGGAGAGGAAUGCCACGAGAGGCCGCCUUUUCCUGCCCUCCGUUUCUUUCUCAUCUCAUCUCUCCCACCCCUGCCCUGCUCUUCCUCCAUCCUCACUCUUCUAUUUUCAGCUUGUACAAAAGAAAGAGAAUCAUAAUAAAUUAUAUAUGGAAAUC